CAAGAUGGCGGCGGGCGGCGGCGCUGAGGCGGGAUCCGAGCGAGUCGAGUGAAGGUAGCGGCGAGCGGAGCCCCCACCAGGCCGGGCCGGACCCCCACCCCGUGGCGGCAACGGCCCCGCCCGGCCUCCGCCCACCGCUCAGGCCCCGCGACACCGUCCCGGAGGCGCCCCAGACCUUGUCCUGUAGACGGGAAGGAGCCUGGACACAGUGACACAACACAUUCUCAAAGGCCCUGCAAGGACCACCAUGGCUUAUGAUGACUCCAUGAAGAAAGAAGAUUGCUUUGAUGGUGAUCACAGCUUUGAAGACAUAGGACUUGCAGCUGGCCGAAGCCAACGAGAAAAGAAACGGUCUUACAAAGACUUCUUAAGGGAAGAAGAAGAGGUUGCUGCACAGGUCAGGAGUUCCUCCAAGAAGAAGUCAAAGGACAGUGACUUGUUCUUCUUGGGGACGGACACACACAGGAAGAAGAGGAAGUACUCCCCUGAUGAUUACUACUAUGGAGACUUUUCGUCUUUGGAAUCAUCACAGAAGAAAAAGAAAAAAUCCAGCCCACAAUCUGCCGACACAGCAAUGGACCUGUUGAAAGCCAUCACCUCCCCAUUGGCAGCAGGUGCCAAGUCCUCCAAGAAAGCAGGGGAGAAGUCCUCCAGUUCUUCAAGCCAUUUGGAGAGCAGAAAGGAACACCAUAAGAAGAAGGGCAACGGAAGCAGUGGGGAGCUCUCCUUGGAGGAUAGCAGUGCCCACAAACCCAAAAAAAUGAAGCCACUCUAUGUGAACACAGAGACACUGACUCUUCGGGAGCCUGAUGGCUUAAAGAUGAAACUUAUUCUUUCACCAAAGGAGAAGGGAAGCAGCUCAGUGGAGGAGGAUGCUUUUCAGUACCCUGCCCAACAGACUUCUCUGAAAAAGUCCUCCAAGAAAUUGGCUCGGGACGAGCCAGGUGCUUUACUCCUAGGACACGAGCUACAGAGCCUCCUGAAAACAGCCAGGAAGAAGCACAAGUCCUCCUCAGACUCACAUUCGUCUCCUGGCCCAGAAGGCUGUGGAUCUGAUGCCUCCCAGCUUCCAGAACCCCACAGUGCUAACCUCGAUAUUACAGGGCUUGACCCUAUGCUAGUAGACUCGGAGUCGUCCUCUGGUGGGGAACUGGAAGCCGGUGAGCUGAUCAUAGAUGAUUCUUACCGGGAAAUCAAGAAGAAGAAGAAGUCAAAGAAGAGCAAGAAGAAGAAGGACAAGGACAGACACAAGGAGAAGCGGCACUCCCGUACCAAGAGAAGCUCAGGGCUGGCGGCCAGCACUGCCCGAGAGCAUGGCACUGCUCGGGAGCAUUUGGUGACACCCAGCCCUGCCCCCAGUAUCCCCACCCUACCACUUCCUGCUCUCCACUCAGAUGGACAUGGAGAGAAAAAAAAGAAAAAGGAAGAGAAGGACAGAGAGAGAGAGAGGGGAGAAAAGCCGAAAAAGAAGAACAUGUCUGCCUACCAGGUGUUCUGUAAAGAGUACCGGGUAACCAUUGUGGCUGACCAUCCGGGUAUAGAUUUUGGGGAACUUAGUAAAAAACUGGCCGAAGUAUGGAAGCAGUUACCAGAAAAAGACAAACUGAUCUGGAAGCAAAAGGCUCAAUAUCUGCAGCACAAACAGAACAAAGCUGAAGCCACGACUGUGAAGAGAAAAGCGUCCAGUGCGGAAGGUUCUGGGAAAGUCAGAGCUUCUUCUGUGGGAGUACUGUCACCCCAAAAGAAGUCUCCACCCACUACAAUGCUUUUGCCAGCCUCACCAGCCAAAGCCCCUGAAACAGAGCCCAUUGAUGUUGCUGCUCAUCUCCAGUUGUUGGGAGAGUCCCUCAGCCUCAUUGGACACCGCCUGCAGGAGACAGAGGGCAUGGUAGCAGUGUCCGGCAGCUUGUCAGUGCUCCUGGAUUCCAUUAUCUGUGCUCUUGGCCCUUUGGCAUGCCUGACCACACAACUACCUGAAUUGAAUGGCUGUCCCAAACAGGUCUUGUCAAGCACGCUGGACAACAUUGCAUACAUCAUGCCUGGACUGUGACCUCCAAGAAGCCUGGGACAAAAACCUGUCUACCCCUUUACUAGUUUAUGUAUAUAUGACUGUUCCAGAUCUUCCACUGAUCUCUGGGUGUAGGUUUUAAAUUUUUAUAUCUAUAUAUACAUAUAUAUAUAUAUAUAUAUAUAUAAAAUGUACAGUAUAUACAUAGGAUUAUAACUGCUUUUAAUAAUUUUAUGAAAUGGCAAGGAUUCAGCUAAAAAGGACUUUGACAUGAAUGUGGACUUGGAUUAUUUCUUGUGUGAAAAAAUAUCUGCCUUAAAAAUCAGUGUAAUUUGGGGAAUAGGGGCUUAUUCUGGGUGCCAUGUGUAUCUCAUUAUAGACAGCUAAAAUGUGAUUUUUUUUCCAAGCUUGCUUGUACCUCCAAACCCAUCACUGACCAUUUGCCUUACCUGUCUUAUAAUUGGAACUAUAGUAAAGAUUAUGGGAGGAUGCCAGCUGACUACAAACUGUUUGACUCAAAGUGACCCGGGAGAGUUGGAGAUAGAUGACUUAGUUGGACUGAUAGGGGACUCAUUCCAAUUCCUACUAAGCAGGUAUUUGUGUCUCCAGUUUUAUUGUAACUGUUGGUACCACAGUCAUGUGAUUCUUGGCAGAAGAGAAAUACUUUGGAGAGGCCAAAACUGUUGGUGCCACCUGUGGAACCUGCUUUGGCUAGCCAAGAAAGCAUGAUCUGUAAAAACCAAAGCUGGUAUCUUUCGUUGGCAGCAUUGGUUAACCACCGAAUCCUGGGAGAUCUGCAGCUUCUUGGUUCAGCUCUGGUUCCCCUGGCAGGCAGAUUAUGCUCUGCAUCCCACACACAUGUGGAUCACAACGGAGUCAUCAGUUCUCAGUUGGUUAUAUCUAUAUAACUGUGUGUGAGCGUAUAUUUUAAUUAUGUGUAUUUAUUUAGAAUUUUUAGAUUUUAAUUUAUCCUGUAAAUUUCUGUAUAUAUAAUUUAAUAACAAGCCUCCACCAGCAGUAGCAUGUGGAGCACACAGACUUGUCAUUUCUUCGUGUCUGCCUAAAAGCUCCAGGUCAUCCAUGUUAAGAUGUUAUGAUUCAAAAAGGAGCUUCAUGGCUCUCAAUAAUGUUAGGAAAGUGAAAUAGGAAUAUCACAGUUCCCAACUGCCCUGAUUCCCAAAGUACCAGAUCUGCUUCCCCAUUAGAAGAUAGUUGAGCACUCCAGGGUUGUUUGGAAACUUGGUGUGAGAUGCCCUUCCCUCCAAAACUGUGCUGAGGUAACCAUGCUUUCUUCCUCUGGCCUACAUGGAACAGAGCAGCAUAAUAAUAAACGCUUGGACCAUGUAGCCAGCUGCCAUCCUGUUUAGUUCCUUCCUAUAGCCUCGCUCUGCUUCACAGCUGAGAGUCUCACAGUGUUCUGGACAUUCAGUCCCUUUCUCAGCUCAGAACAGUUUUGAGAUUUAAUCUGGCAAGUGGAGAAAGAAACAGGAAUAUGCGGGAACUGAAAUCAAGAAGAGCAGAAAUUUAAAUUUGAGUUAACAGGUCAGAACCUCAUUUGAACCUGCAGAAGUUUCCUUUGAGAAAUGGUGUGAAGGAGAGGCCAAGAAGACACAUGGUGCAGGACGCAGCCAGUCAGUCAGUCCUCCAUUGUCACUGCUACAGACAGCAAUGAACUGGUGAGAACCGGCCUUUGCGUGUUUGUUUUCCUCUGGAGCCUAGCCCUACUGUAUUUGUAUUAAAGAUUUGUACACAUUUGUAUAAUAAUCUGUAACUUGUGGUAUUUGGUACUAUUAGAGGAAAAACUUUGGAUUCAGGCCCUCUUGCUGUUUUUAUAUCAUUGUUUUGUUUUUUAAAUAAAUCCUAGUGGUUUGAUGCAAAUCAUACUGCAGUUGUAUAAAGAAACAAAAUUUUGUACUUAUAUUAAAGAUCUCAUUUUUAA